UCGAUCUAAAUCAAAAUGGGUAGUAAUUAUAAGCAAAUUCCAAAAGAUUCUUUUGUUGAAUUGCAAUUACAAGAUCAAGAAACUUAUGGGCUAAAAAAAUCCCAUUUUUUAGAUGAUGAAAAUGAUGAUAAUAUAGAUACAGAUAUAGAUAUAGAUUUUGAUAAUUUGCCACUUGUGAUUGUUAAAAAAGAUAUUGCUUCUGGUAGUGGUAUUUAUGGGGCUGUGUUUAAUUUAGCUACUUCUGUUAUUGGGGCUGGAAUUAUGGCACUUCCUGCUACUAUGAAAGUUUUAGGAUUAAUUGUUGGUAUUUUUUUGAUAUUUGUAAUGGGUGUUUUGUCAGAAAUUAGUGUUGAGUUUCUUAUUAGAUUUGCUGUUCAAUGUAAGGCUAAUUCUUAUGGUGAAGUUGUUCAAGAAGCGUUAGGGAAACCGGCUAGGAUAUUGUCGGAAAUUUGUAUUAUAGUUAACAAUGCAGGUGUUUUGGUUGUUUAUUUGAUUAUUAUUGGUGAUGUUAUGUCGGGUUCUCUUAGACAUAUUGGUGUUUUUGAUCAAUGGUUAGGGAAUGGUUUUUGGGAUCAUAGGAAGUUAGUGAUUUUGAUUGUGGUGGUUGUUUGUCUUGCGCCGUUAUGUGUGUUGGAUAAGAUUGAUUCUUUGAGUACUACUUCGGCUGCUUCUGUUGCACUGGCGGUAGUGUUUGUGAUUGUGGCGUUUGUUGUUGCGUUUAUAAAGCUUGUUGAAGGUAAAAUUGAACCUCCUAGGUUGACACCGGAUUUUGGGACAAAAGAGGCGAUUCUUGAUUUGUUAGUCGUGAUUCCUAUAAUGUCGAAUGCGUAUGUUUGUCAUUUUAAUGUUCAACCUAUAUAUAAUGAGCUUGAAGACCGUUCGCCUCAAAAGAUGAAUAAAGUGGGACGCCUAACAACUGUUCUUUGCGUUAUGAUAUACAUGUCGACUGCCGUUGCAGGCUACCUUCUGUUUGGGAAAGAUACUGAAUCUGAUAUUCUAACUAACUUUGACAAACCACUUGGGAUCCGGUUUAGUACUGCUUUAACUUACAUUGUUCGUGUUGGGUAUGUGUUUCAUUUGGUUCUUGUCUUUCCGGUGAUCCACUUUUCUUUAAGACAAACAGUUGAUGAGUUGGCUUUUAACGGAUCAGGCCCGUUGUCAGAAAGUAGAAAAAGAUGUUUAGCUUUGACAUUUGUGCUUUUGGCACUCGUGUACAUUGGAUCCACAAUGAUCCCAAGUAUAUGGACUGCUUUCAAGUUCACUGGUGCAACCACAGCUGUGUCAUUGGGAUUUACUUUCCCAGCUCUUAUUGCACUACGGCUGAGCAGUCAAGGUCCUGGUUUGACUAGCCGAGAGAGGUUCCUGGCUUGGUUGAUGUUGAGUUUAGCAGUCAUGGUUAGUGUUGUUGGAGUUGUUGGCAACAUUUACAGUAUGCAAAGUAAAUCCAAGUGAUUUAUUAUUCUGGCUUUGUGAUAUAUACUUCCAUCGGGCUACACUCGAUUUGGACAGAGCAUAUAAGUAUCACAUACCGGGCAAAACUGCAGCGACAGCCAUUUUUUGGGCAAACUGGUGAAGUUGCCCUUCUUAUACCAGAGGAUAUUCUUUCAGAAGAUGUAAUUGAGUUAGAUACAUAUACUGUAACAGCAUGUUACCUUUUCAUCUGAUUAAAUUUUGUUCUUGUGAUAAUUUAGGAUAAUUUCUUCAAGUAUAAUGUUUUGACGCUUGUUGUAGAUUGUACGAUAAAAUUGUUUCGUCCUUCUAAUUACAUCGGGUGUCACUAUCGCCAAUAUUAUCAUUGUCACGACAAUCUAUGAGUUUUAGUGCCGUAUUGAAUUCA